GAAAUUUCACUUAAAUUUUAUUCGAACUUUCCUGGCAAAUAAAAAGAAUCGCGGUUCAUAUUACUGUAUGAAUUCUUCCUCGAAGUUCCCAUUGACUUUUCAUUAUUUCAUUUUCUCUCUCUUUUUUAUUUUUCCAAUCUAUGUCUUUAUAUUCCAAUAUCCGUCUCUAAUCUCAGAGCGACGAAAGAUCCGUCGGUAACGAUUUCGCAGUGCAUGACGAGCGCUUCAGAACUAUUCCACAAUCGAAGACACCGAUUAGGCCGAAAUGAUCUCGAUCCAUCUUUCCACUCCUCACCUUCUCCAGACUUCCAUAACCACCGCUUCCACGACUCCGACGAUGAUGAUUCUCUCCGUAUCCGCCGCCACUACAACGUCCGCCGCGUCCGUCACCCGGAGCGUGUAUCUGAUAGAUUUGAUGCGAGGUAUCGUCGGUCUCUGUUUCAUGAUAACUUUGAUUCUGGAGAAAGUGUGAGAGGUAUUCCAAGUUCGAGUGGUGGUAACAGAUUACCUGUAGGUGUGAGACUUGCGCGAGAAAGACUCCUUCAGAGGUUGAGAGGAGAGCCUGUUGAUAGAAACAGGGUUGGUUUCCUCAGGCAAAAUAAUAGAGAUCUAAUUGAUGAGGAGGAUCAAGAAAGUGAGUUAUCAAGUGAAGUUGCAACUGUGGACUCUUUAGUUACUGACUUGACUUCUCAAAUGGCAAGGUUCCAGCUCUUGCAUCAAACAUCUACAAAGCCACCGGGUCUCACUCAGGAGGCCCUUGACUGUUUGCGUCUUGAAGUUUUUAGCAGCAGCAAUAUGGAAUCAGAAUCCAGGAUACCGCAAGAUUGUGGGAUAUGCUUGGAAUCUUACACUGAUGGAGAUAAACUAAUCCAUUUGCAAUGUGGACAUAAAUUUCACUCUGCUUGUUUGGAUCCUUGGAUUCGCAGUUGUGGAGACUGCCCCUACUGUCGCAGAUGUAUAGUUGUAAGUAGUCGAUUUCCGAAGAAUGAAGCUGUGUAGUUACGUAGAUUUUCUUUUGUUCUGCAAUGGAGCUGGUAUUUAGUAGUAAUGAGGUGUUUUGUUUUAGAGAAUAAGGAACACUUUCUAACCGAUAACUGUCACUCACACGUAGGUCUCGUCAUUUUAUGUGAGAUCUAUUUUCGAAGAUAUACAAAUAAAUUUAUCUAGAAAUUACUAGUUUUUCUUUUUUUUACAUUCAACUCUGUUACUGUUACUUGAGUGAAUCAAAACCCGAGCUCUUAUGUGCCUUUGCUCCCACGAAGGGGAGAACCACUGGCAGAGGAUGCAAAAUAUGAUGAGAGGGACUGUUAUGUAUAAUAUGAUUAGAUAAAGUAUUUAUAGUAUGUUAGUUUUUGUGAAAUAUUCUUAUUAUACGGCACUUAUUGUGAUAUUUUUUACCAAUAAAAAAUUGUGAUAUUUUUUUGA